GAGAGACGACGACAGCAGGAUUGGUUCGAAUCGAUAGAUUGCAGGAUUGCUGCUGCGGCGCUCGUGGUCGGGAUGACGAUGUGAAUUGCGACGAUCCGUGGAGGUUUCGAAGGUUCGCUGAUACUCGGUGAGAGUAGUAGACAUGGCCUCGGGGCUUUGCUUGUCGCAUAGCCUCCUGCACACCCGCGGGCCCCUGCGGCGAUGGUGCUGCUCGUCGCUCGCAUUCGCCUCUAGACCCAGCGCGAAUGCGUUUCUGGGCGCUCGCUAUGGCAACCACAAUACCUUAUCAGUGCUGCGGCGGAGCGUGGUGUCGUGCUCGGCCUCCAGCCUCUCCACCGCUGCGAGCGCGGGCGUUGCAGCGGAAGGCGUCUCUCGCAAUGUGGUGGAGGUUUUGGAAGAGAGAGGGUUGAUCGAGUCUGUGACGAGCGAGGAGCUGAAGGCGACGUGUAUGAAGCAGCGGCUCAAGGUGUAUUGCGGGUUUGACCCCACCGCAGAGUCGCUGCACUUGGGCAAUCUUCUGGGCAUCAUUGUGCUGUCUUGGUUCCAGAGGUGUGGCCAUAUCCCAGUUGCGUUGAUUGGAGGCGCCACAGGUCGUAUAGGGGACCCGUCGGGAAAAAGCAAAGAGAGGCCUGCCCUUGACGAUGACACGCUUGUCAGAAAUGUAAAUGGAAUCCGAAAGAUUCUCUCGAACAUACUGAAGGGGAACUCGGAUGAAGACGAGAAAGUCGUUGUUCUCAACAAUUAUGAUUGGUUGAAGGAGAUUUCGCUGUUGGACUUCUUAAAGGACGUCGGGAAAUAUGCGAGAGUUGGGACGAUGAUGGCGAAGGAAAGUGUGAAAGCACGUUUAAACUCAGAGGACGGCAUGAGCUACACAGAGUUUACCUAUCAGUUGCUCCAGGGCUAUGACUUUGUGCACCUCUUCAGGGAGGAGGGGAUAUCUGUACAGAUUGGUGGGAGUGAUCAGUGGGGUAAUAUCACAGCAGGGACAGAUCUAGUAAGAAGAUUGCUCCAACAAGAAGGAGCCUACGGUCUUACGUUUCCUCUCUUGCUUAAGAGUGACGGGACCAAGUUUGGGAAGUCUGAGAGUGGUGCAAUUUGGCUCGCUCCGUCAUCUUUGUCUCCAUACAAUUUUUACCAACAUUUAUUCGCUACACCUGAUGCGGAUGUCAUUAAGUUCAUGAAGCGACUUACUUUUGUUGAUAUCAAGGAAAUUGAAGCCCUAGAAGCCAGUAUGAAACAACCAGGAUAUGCUCCAAAUUCAGUGCAGAAGAGACUGGCUGAAGAAGUCACCCGCUUUGUUCACGGAGAGCAAGGUUUAACGGAGGCACUGAAGGCCACGCAAGCUUUGGCUCCUGGAGCAGCUGCGGCGCUAGACUCACAAACCUUGGAGGCAAUUGCACAAGAUGUUCCUUCAUGUUCUAUCUCUUACUCAGUGGUUGGAAAACCUCUGGUGGAUGUGAGUGUAAGCACGGGGCUUCUUCAAAGUAAAGCUGCCGUUCGACGUCUAAUUAAGCAGGGUGGUCUCUACUUAAACAAUGUCAAAGUUGAAGACGAAGGAAAGACCAUGGUAGCUGAGGAUAUUAUAGAUGAUAAGAUUUUUCUACUUUCUGCAGGCAAGAAGAAUAGGCUUGUUGUUAGGGUGACAAGAUAGUCUUGUUGAAGACUAAGUUUUUCAUUGUUCUCUAGAGUUUAUCCACCUGACUCGAUUUGGUUAGGAAGUAAAACUCUUUCUGACAUUUCCUUAUACUUGUGGAACCAUUGACGCCUGCAUUCUAAUCUACUGGCUCCGUAAUUAUGUCUAACUUGA